CAGCAGAAUGAUCCACAUCUCUGAUAAUAAGCUGCUCAUAUUCACUCUGCUGAUCCUCAUGACAGUGGUGGAUUCUGAGAUGAAGACGACUUUCACUGGACAUGAAGGAGGGAGAGUGAAGAUUCAGUGUCCAUAUUCAGAGUCUGAAUAUGAGGGAAAUCAGAAGUAUCUCUGCAGAGGAGAAUGCCCAAUAAAUCCAUUCUAUAUUAAUAAAGACAUUCCUGUUGAAUCUGGAUCAGCACCUAAAGAUGAGAGAUUCUCUCUGACUGAUAACAGGACAGCUCACAUCUUCACCAUCACCAUCACUGAUCUCAGAACAGCGGAUCAAGGAAAAUACUGGUGUGCUGUGAAGACAGCACUGCUAAAACCUGAUGACUAUAAAGAGAUUUACCUGGAAAUAAAACAGGUGUCUCGAGUGUCUGGAGAACCUGGAAAACAUCUGAGCAUCACCUGCAGUUAUACAGGAGAUCUGAAAGAUCAUCUCAGAUUCCUCUGCAAAGGGAGCGACCCGUCCGACUGUAAGAAUAUCAUCAAAGUUUCAUCAGAAACAAACACUAAUGGCCGAUUCUCUCUGACUGAUGAUUCUGAGAGAGUUUUCACUGUGAACAUCAGUAAUCUGACAGAGGAGGAUUCUGGGAUAUACUGGUGUGGAGCUGUAAAGAAUAAAACACAAGAGUACACGUGGAUUUCAGCCGUAAAUCUGGAGAUUACUAAAGCCACAUCUGAGACGAGGCUUCCUAAAAAUACCACCACUGUUUCAUUUCACACCAGCAAACCAGCAGAGACUGCAUCCAGCAGACCCGUCACACCUUCAUCAUCAUCAUCAUCAUCAUCAUCAUCAAUCUCAAUGUUUAUAAAUGCAUCCACCGAUGCAGCGUCAUCAAAAACAUCAUUAGGGUUUACAAUAAUCAUCAUGUUGAUGGUCGUGGUGAUGCUGACAGUGUUUGGACUCUCGUUGUUCCUGUACCUCAAGAGAAAACAAAAGAAAAAAGGAGCGCAGACCAAAGAUGACGUCUAUCACCAACCUGUGAAUCUGCCCAAUGGAAACACAGACACAACUAGACAAGCCACUCAUGGUGUCAGUGAUUAUGAAGAGAUCAGCUCUUCUCUUAAUAAUCCCAUCUACUCUUCAGUCUCUCCUGCUUUCAGUCAACAGGACGCCUCUGUUUAUGCUUUAGCACAAUUACCCAGCAGCCCCUCUGAUCAUCUCAACUACUCCACCGUCAGGUUUUCAGCUUCACAUCAUUCAGACAGGACUUCUGGUGGAUUGGACACAUGCGAUUACUCUACCGUUAAUCUCUAAAGGACGUAUGAACUCCAAUAUCUCCAUGUGUAAACUAGAUCUCACUUGUUUUGUGAUUAUAGAUGUGUAGCUUUUGUAUUGUUUUGAUGAGUCAGUACUGGAGACUGGUUUGCUUGGCAUAUUAGGUAACACACUGCAAAAAAAGCUUAUCUUGCUUAGAUUUUUUGUAUUGUUUCUAGUCUAAAUAUCUGACAAUAUUAAAAUCAGUCAGCAUUUUCUAGACAUGUAAAUAUAUUGUCUUGUUAUAAGAAGUAGUGUGUCGAAAUUAAGUGAGUUUUUCCUUAAAACAAGCUAAAUAAUCUGCCAAUGGGAUUUAUUGUUUAUUUAUUUAUUAAUUAUUUACGACGUGCCCCUGUUUUCUUACAGGGACAUACAUAAAAAUGUUACUGGCAUGUUACGUGAAUUAUUGUUAUAUAUUUUGGGCGGGAAAAACAGGAAUCGCAUGCUAACUAUAACCAGGGUGCGAAUUAAAGAUUGACAAUCGGGUGGGUCAUAAUAUCACAAAUGUCAUUAAU